AUGUUGCCAAAACUGUUGAUCUUGGGUUUGGUGCUGGCUACAGCAGCAGCUGAGGUGCAAGUUAAUCCCUACAUCGACAUACCGUUUAAACCCGUCAAGACGUCUGCUGAUCGCAUUAGGGAACAUGGAUAUCCGGCUGAGUCGCACUACGUCGAAACUCCUGAUGGUUAUGUUUUAAACCUUUUCCGCAUACCUUACUCACAUAAAUUGCAAAACCAGAACACCAAAAAGCCAGUCGUCUUAUUACAACAUGGCCUGUUCUCUUGUUCGGAUUGUUUCUUGCUCAAUGGACCGGAUAACGCAUUGGCAUAUAACUUUGCCGAUAGUGGCUUCGAUGUGUGGCUGGGUAAUGCUCGUGGAAACAUAUAUUCGCGAAACAAUACCAAGAUUUCUAUAAAUCAUCCGUACUUCUGGGAAUUCAGCUGGCAUGAAAUUGGCUACACUGAUAUCCCAGCAAUGAUUGAUUAUAUUUUGGAGGAAACAGGCGAGUCCAAAAUACAUUACGCGGGUCAUUCGCAAGGCACAACGGUUUUCUUUGUCAUGACCAGUAUGAGACCGGAAUACAACGAGAAAAUUAAGACAGCACACAUGUUAGCUCCACCCAUAUUCAUGGGCAAUGUUACAGACGGAAUGGUCGUUGGAUUGGCCCCUUAUAUUGGAACCCCCGGAAUCGGAUCCGAUAUAUUAGGUUCUCAGGAAUUCAUUCCCCAUAAUUACUACGUCCAGCGAUUGCUCGAUACUGCAUGUGGUGGCGAUCCCAUGUUUGCUAAAUACUGCAACGUGUUGUUCCUCAUGUGGGCCGGCACUGACAACACCAAUCUGAACUACACAAUACUACCGGAGCUCGUCGAAACACAUCCAGCAGGUAUCUCGUCCAACCAAGGCAUCCACUACAUUCAAGAAUACGUUAGCAAUGAGUUCCGGCAGUUUGAUUAUGGCCCCACAAAAAAUAUGAAAGUAUAUGGUCAAUCGGAGCCACCAAAUUAUCCCCUCGACAAUAUAUCUGCCGAUAUGUACAUCUACUAUGGUAUGGCCGACGGAUCUGCAACCUACUUGGAUAUUCAACGUUUACCCGAUCACUUGGUCAACCUGAAAUACUUCAAAUUGAUAGAUGAUCCUAAAUGGGGCCAUUUAGAUUUCAUUUUUGCUAACCAAGUCAAAGAAACUAUCAAUGAUCCCGUAAUUCAGUUCUGCAAGUCUUAUGAAACGUCUGAUAACGUGUAA